GACUCAGGAGUCAGACUGCUCUCUGCUGGACUGGAGGAUCCACACUGCAGACUGGAGAAACUCAAUGUGGAACAUGGUGGAGAGAACACAAUGAAACCUGGGCUUAGAAAAUAUGUCUGUGAUCUCACACUGGACCCAAACACAGUAAACAGACUCCUCUCUCUGUCUGAGGAGAACAAAAAGGUGACAUGGGGGAGAGAGGUGCAGCCGUAUCCUGAUCACCAAGAGAGAUUUAAGGACUGGGACCAGGUGCUGUGUAGAGAGGGUCUGACUGGGCGCUGUUACUGGGAGGUAGAGUGGAGUGGGAGAAGGGCUGUUAUAGGAGUGACAUAUAAAGGAAUCAGCAGGAGAGGAAGGGGUAAGGACUGUGUUAUUGGAUACAAUGACAAGUCCUGGAGUCUGUUCUGCUCUGACGACAGUUACACUGCCUGGCACAAUAAUAAUUCCACUACCAUAGACGUCCCCUCCUCCAGCUCCCACAGAGUAGGAGUGUAUCUGGACUGGCCAGUCGGCACUCUGUCCUUCUACAGAGUCUCCAAUGACAAGCUGACCCACCUGAUCACUUUCACCUCCACAUUCACUGAGCCCCUCUAUCCAGGGUUUAAUGUUUGUUUUGAUGACUCCUCAGUGUCUCUGUGUCAGGUGGUCCCUGUGUCAAACACAACAUGAUGUUUCACUCUAAUCAGGGUCAUGUUCAGUAAGACACACUGGAGCAACAAUGUAGAAUAUCUCUCUAGUCAUGUUCAGUAAGACACACUGGAGCAGCAAUGUAGAAUAUCUCUCUAGUCAUGUUCAGUAAGACACACUGGAGCAACAAUGUAGAAUAUCUCUCUAGUCAUGUUCAGUAAGACACACUGGAGCAACAAUGUAGAAUAUCUCUCUAGUCAUGUUCAGUAAGACACACUGGAGCAACAAUGUAGAUUAUCUCUCUAGUCAUGUUCAGUAAGACACACUGGAGCAACAAUGUAGAAUAUCUCUCUAGUCAUGUUCAGUAAGACACACUGGAGCAACAAUGUAGAUAUCUCUCUAGUCAUGUUCAGUAAGACACACUGGAGCAACAAUGUAGAAUAUCUCUCUAGUCAUGUUCAGUAAGACACACUGGAGCAACAAUGUAGAAUAUCUCUCUAGUCAUGUUCAGUAAGACACACUGGAGCAACAAUGUAGAAUAUCUCUCUAGUCAUGUUUAGUAAGACACACUGGAGCAACAAUGUAGAUUAUCUCUCUAGUGUGUAAACCCCUCUAUCCAGGGUGUUUGGUAAUAAUAUCUCUGUAGUGUUUAAACCCCUCUAUCCAGUGUGUUUGGUAUGAAUAUCUCUCUAGUGUGUAAACCCCUCUAUCCAGGGUGUUAUGUUUGGUAUGACUCCUCUUCAGUGUCCCUGUGUCAGGUGGUCCCUGUGUCAGGUGGUCAGGUGGUCCCUGUGUCAGGUGGUCCCUGUGUCAGGUG